UGAAGACAGGUGCAACUUCAAGAUGAAUGGACUUGUGGUUAUCAAUGCAGCUCUAUUUGUCCUCACUGCAAUCAGUGCUGCAGGCGGUUCGUGGUGUUACCAUGACCCUAGAUGUGAUGACACCACUUGGUCCACCAUUGCCUCAGAACAUUGCAAUGGAUUGCGACAGUCUCCCAUCAACAUCGUCUCUGCAUCAGCAGUGGGCGAUGAAACCCUGACUGCCUUCACCUUCACCAAAUACGGAGACAAUUAUACAAUGAACAAGAUCAAGAACACUGGCAAAACUGUCAAAGUCAAGCUGACAAGUGGAGUCCAGAUUGCAGGCGGGGCCUUGUCUGAGGCCUAUGACAGCCUGCACUUUCACCUCCACUGGGGGAAUGGUACCUCAGUACCUGGGUCGGAGCACACAGUGGAUGGAACCCGCUACCCCAUGGAGUUGCACAUAGUAAAUGCAAAGUCUUCGCACAACGGUAACACGACCAUGGCCGUUGCAGACAGCACGGGACUCGCUGCUCUUGGCUUCUUCAUAGAGCCCGUACCAGGCAAUGCAACUGGUUCACCAGCAGCCUGGAAUACUCUGACAUCCUACUUGGCCAACAUCACACUAAAAGAUGAUAUUGUGAACAUUACUCAUGCUAUUUCAUUGGAUGAGCUCCUGGAAGGGGUGGACCGUACCAAAUACUACCGUUACAAUGGAUCACUGACCACUCCAAAUUGCAACGAGGCUGUGGUUUGGACCGUGUUCAAGGACCCUAUCAAAGUCAGCCAGGACUUGAUUGAUCUAUUCAGCACAACAUUGCACAUUGACCACAACUCCACCUCUGACUUGAUGACCAACGUCUUCAGAAACAAAAAGCCUGUCAACGGCCGGGUGGUGACAACCCAGGGCAGCUCAUCCACAGCCCUGCCACCGUCGGGAGCCUCCACAACGAACUCCUCUCUGGGCCUCAUGGCCCUGGCCUGGAUGCUGCUGAUGGUUUAGUGUCUGAGUAACGCCUUAACUGAAGUGCAUUGCCAUGUCUCCCUUAACCCACAAGCAACCAACGUAUUUUACAUGCGCCAAUUACCAACUUGGGUCAAAUUUACCCAAAGGAGAAACUAUUGGAAAAAGCAACAAUCAUAGAAAAAUACAAUCUUAUUAAAACAUCAUUAUUUAGACAUGUAAUUCAUGUUGUCUGAAAUAAAUAGUACUUAUUUUAGCUAGAUUUCCUAAAAGAAAAUAUAAAAUGUUCCUGUAUAUAAAGUGCUGUUUUUUUCCAAAGUACAAUCCAUAUUAUUUCCAUGGAAAUACAAUGCUAAUUUAACAUAAUUUGAUAAAAGUAUAAUUUAGUUUUCAGAAUGUAAGUAAAUAUGAAUGUUUUCAUAUUUAUCUGGUAAAACCAACUGCCAUUUAAAAAGGGUAGUACACAAAUUCUAAAUAUACUUAAUUUUAUUGACACCAAGUCAUUAAAUUCACUUCAAAAAGUGAUCCUGAGAGACGUUGACUUAAGAGAUUGCUUAGUUUUCUUUAUUUACUUACUCCACAGCCAGCACCAGCAUCACUGUUGGUGAAACAAUGGGUGUGGUGGGUGCUAUGGCAGCAUUUUUCAGAAAUCACCCUCAAAUCCUCUGUCAGUUCAAACCAAAUAAUAGCAUAGCAUCCACAAUGCCAAAAUAUGUUGUACAUAUACAAUAUUGUAGGAUAUUAUAAGAAUUCUGAUAUUUAUAUAACCUUUUCAGUAGAAACUUACUUUUUUCUGAGAAUCCACACCAAUGCAAACUAUGUAUCCAUUCAGAGGAUAGCUGGUUUGUGUAUUACAGUUCUAAGUAUUCAUAACAUUGACAGACAUUUAUGA